GACAAAGAACCAUAAUCUAGGAGGAUGGAGGUCAACCCCCCAAUCAUAGGCUUCCGACAAGGCUAAGAGGCCAAAGCCUGUACUGCGAACUGGAAAGCCAGUAGACGAUAGGAUAACCUGGUUUCUACUUUUACUUUUUUACUUUCUAUCCCAAUACAGGGUUUUAUGGCUCCAACAACCAGGAGGAGUACGAAAUAGACCAGAUCACCGGCAUGUGCCAUGACCUCUUUCUAGAAUUAGUCAAAGAGUUCUUUGAACAGGAUAGUGACCGGAAGGCAGAAAUACAGCAGAACCUGAAAGAAAAAACAGAAACCAGAAUUGUCGGAAACCUCGAGAAAGUAUUGUCUGCCAAGGGUAACGGUUAUUGCAUUGGCGAGACGUUGAGCCUCGGUGACCUUGUUAUCUACGAUACCCUUGACGGGAGGGUAGAAGAUGACAUCAUCGACAAGAACCCCAAUGUCAAGGCCGUCGCGGAACAACGUCAAAUCCAACGACAGAAUCGAGGCCUAUCUGGCAGCAAGGGUCCCUACGGCCGUAGCGGUGUUCUCCAGUGGAAUACGACUCUUGUGUCCACAGUUAUCACUGGUUACCUAACAGAGAUGACAAAGGGGUACCGCACCCUAGCGGCCCCCUCUGGAUCCGCCUAUGGAUGGAAGGAGCGCUAA